AGUGCAGGUCUCAAGGAAAGUUAGUUGGUUAUUGAGACAUGGUGCGAGUCAGGAGGGCUUAAAGUUGGGAAAGGGUGGGUAUGUUAAUGUCCAGGAAGCGGUAAGUUUGUUCCCAAUCAACGCCCGGCGACGUUGAAUAUAUGCUUAACAUAAAGACAUGACUUAUCAUAUACAUCAAGGUUUCGAAUGAUGUUAUGAGUUCGUAGCUUAGACCACACGACGAGCUAACGUUUUCAGCUAAACACCAAAACUCUGAAGAGCUUAAAAGUCACAUUUCCUGAGCUGCGCGACAUAGUCGCCAAUAACGACAAACAACGCUACUCCAUGAUUCCAGCAUCCUCACUCGACCAAGAGACACCUGGAACCACAGAGCUAUCUCAAGAGCAACCAAACUCAGAAUCGUUGGAAACUGUACCAGAAUCAGACGACCCAGCCGACUACCUGAUACGCGCGAACCAAGGCCACUCCAUCAAAGUCGAUUCAGAAGGCCUCCUCGUCCCCAUUACCCAAGAAGCAGGCAAUGUUCCCGAAACCGUUGUUCACGGCACCGACGAGCGCGCCUGGAAUCUCAUCCUAAAGAGCGGCGGUCUGCGGCGCAUGGGACGGAACCAUAUUCACUUCGCAUCUGGUCUCCCGGCAGGUUUCAAAGCACUUGACUCUUCCACUGAUCCUACUGCCGAAGAAAAGGAGUCUGCGCCAGUCAUCUCAGGCAUGCGCAAGAACUCGUCGAUUCUGAUUUAUAUCGAUAUCAACGCUGCUCUUACUGCCGGCAUCAAGUUUUUCGUCUCGGACAACGGUGUUAUACUCACCGAGGGUAAUGAGCAAGGCUUCCUUUCGUAUGAAUUCUUCAAGCGCGUCGAAAGUAGGAAGAAGGAUGGUGGUGUACUGAUGAGUGAUGGGAAGUUACCCGAAGGCGUGACUGUGAAUAUUGAAGAGUGGGAGAAAGAGGUUGGUGAUGUGCAGAAGGGGAAGCGGGGUGGCAGGGGUGGUAGAGGUGGUAGAGGUGGAGGACGGGGCGGAGGCGCAAGUGGCCAAAAGAGUGGGAUAAAUGACGCAGGAGUUGCGGCGGCUGAUGCUUAAGAAAUUAUGAGGGUGUUGCAGAAGGUGAUAUGAGCACCAGUUGUUGCCACAGUCAACAAUCAACAACAGAAUAUGGACUACUCGCUGGCAUGUCGAGUACAAGCCGCCAUCCGUGCUGAUUUGUGGAUCCAUAAGUGAUCUAUGACACAGGAUUCGCUGGAUGAGGUCAGUUCCUGUGAUGGUUAAUACCAGUCGAUAUCACUUCUAGAAAUCCUUCGCACAGGCUUGGAGACUAUUUGAACUUGAAUUAUGAUUGAUUUCUUCGGCCGUUAAAGAGAUUAUAGUAUGCGCGAGAGGUAUAUAACAGAAUGCCGCCCAGUAAACCGGAA